GUGCCCGGAGGCGGGCCGUGGGUGGAACACAUCAAAACUGAGCGUUUUGGUGGGGAAGCACAAAGUCCAAGGAUUACAACUGGAAUAGGUGCAGAUUCUGGACGAUCUCGAAAGCUUUCUGUGCUGCUCUACAGGAAUCCACAACUCAAUACAAAGGGCUGAAAAAUAAACAUCGUAGACCCCCCCUCCUUUAGCAAUGACACAAUGUUGUUCACAGUGCAGUCGCGUACCGGCCUGAGGGGGGCAGCACUACCCCAUACUUACUCCAAACCUGUCGUUGUCAAGCAGCAGCCGCAGAAGAAGAUCCAAGUUCCCCAAAACUAACUGACGAAUGGUGGACGAGCAGGAAUAUCGCUGACGAGCAACUUGCAGCCGUAGCAACAUGUUCGGGAAGAAACGGAGAGAGCCGCUCCCUAAAUGCAGAGGCGCCUCCACAGCCAAGCAGAUGGGGCUUUUCCUAGACCUGGAUCCAGAGGAAAUGAUGAUGGAUGCGGAGGAGAAUUUGGACGACCCAGACUUGGAGGCUGAGCUGGCUGCUCUGACCGGCGGCGAAGUGGCUGCUAAUGCUGGAGGAGGGAGACACAAGGGGAAAAGCCCCCUGCCAAUGGAGGACAUUGCAAGAAUGGCUGACGCGUGCAUGAGAGAUGUGGAUGAGGAUGAAGAUGACAACAAUGUUGAGGAUGAUGAAGACCUCCUGGCUGAGCUGCAGGAAGUGGUGGGUGAAAGCGAGGAGGCCGUCGUGGUUUCGUCUUCAUCUGCCGCUGCUGCAGCUGCCGCCACACCUCAGCCUUCACCGCCAUCUCAGCAAACAAACGUCCCCUCAGCGGAGCCCGGCAGUGUUCAGCACACUUUGGAGGAGAGGCUGUUAAUGUACAAGAUGGCGCUGAAGAACGCCAAGAUGGCAGGCGAGAGCGCCAAAGCCAGGAGGCUGGAGCGAGGGCUGAAGACGUUGGAGACCAUGUUGGGCUCUGUCAAGAAAGGCCGUCAGCUAAGCGAGGCCCAGAUUCCUCCGCCCGUCGCCUCAGGAGCACCGAGCAGCGCCUUUUUACCGCCACAGCACCCUGUUCCGCCUAUCGCUUUGCCUACCAAGCCAGAAGAUCAGGAGUUGGAGUGUGAGGCUACGACGCCAGAGAUUGUCACCGCUGCCAGCACGGAGGAACCACACUCGGCCACCUUGACACCCAUCACUCCGAGCGAGCCCGCUGAGCCCUCACAGGAGCAAGCCAGACCCUUGCAAGUCCUGACGAUGCUGCAGGAAAGGCAGAGAGAGUACAAGAUGGCUGCCCUGAGGGCCAAGAAGGAUGGAGAUGUGGAGCAAGCCAUGCUCUACUUCAAAACCAGUAAGGGCUUUAAUUCCAUGAUUGAAGCUAUGAAGCAAGGACAAGCUGUGGACCUCAGCAGUCUUCCACCCCAGCCUCCGGGCUCAGGAGUGAGUGCCGCUGCGUCAGUGAAGCAAGAUACUCCUGUGGCUCCACCAGCUGCAGCAGCUCCAGCCCCCCAGGCCCCCCAAGACGUGCUGGAGGCCCUCGAGCAGAGACGGGCCAAGUACACGGAGGCUUCGGCUCAGGCUAAAGCCAGUGGAGACGAACGCAAGGCCCGAAUGCACGACCGCAUCGCCAAGCAAUACCAGAGCGCCAUCCGAUCUCACAAAGCUGGAAAAACGGUCAACUUUGACGAGCUUCCUGUCCCGCCAGGUUUUCCUCCCAUCCCGGGCCAGAAGUCGACGACGGCCGAGCAGUCAUUGGUGGCUGCUCUGGAGGCCGCCACGAAGAUUGCUUCCAAUGACGAUGCCGCUGCAAGUGAAGAUGAAGAAAAAGAGGCGGAGUCAAAGCCUGCGGAGGAGCCGAGGAAGAGCACACUAAGUGUCCCUUCUUCAUCCCAAGGACGGAGGAGGUCCCCCUCAGCCUCACCUGAGAGAACGUCCCCUAGAGAGCUCUCCGCAGGAGCAGCCCAGCAGCUGGCGUUUCUGGAGGGCAGGAAAAAGCAGUACAUGAAGGCAGCUCUGUAUGCCAAGCAGAAGAACGACAUGGAGCAGGCCAGGAGCUUCCUCCGCACCGCCAAGGGUUUGGAGCCCAUGAUUGAAGCGGCGCGCGGCGGCCAAGCGGUGGACGUGAGCACAGUGCCAUCGCCCCCUGGUGAUGAAGAUGAGGACUUUGUCCUGGUGCACCACAGUGACGUCAGCCUCUCGGAGAAAGCCGAGCAGGUCUACGUUCAGUUAGCCAAGAUACUCAAAGAGCAGCAUGAGAAAUGUCUGAACCACUCCAAGCAAUUCUCCCACCUGGGAAAUGUCGCCGAAACCACCAAGUUUGAGAAGAUGGCUGAGUUUUGUAAGAAGAGUAUGGAGGUCCUGAAGCUGUCCCAGACUCAGGGCCUGCCCCCCCCCAAACAUCACUUUGAGGACAGAACCUUCCACAUGGUCAGGAUGUUCCCAGACCUCAGCAGCACAGAGAUGGUGGUUCUUAUCGUGAAAGGGAUGAAUCUUCCUGCUCCCAGUGGCAUUCAAACAGGCGACUUGGAUGCCUAUGUAAAGUUUGACUUCCCCUACCCCAGCACGGAGCAGCCACAAAGGCACAAAACAAGUGUCGUCAAGAAUACAAACUGCCCAGAAUACAAUCAGAGCUUCACCCUGACCAUCAACCGCAACCACCGUGGCUUCAGGAGGGUGGUGACGUCCAAAGGCCUCAAGAUGGAGCUGUUGCACAAAGGUGGGUUCCUGCGGAGCGACAAGCCAAUCGGGACGGCCCACGUCAGGAUGGACAAACUGGAGUCUCACAGUGAAAUCAGGGAGAUCGUAGAGGUGAUGGAUGGCCGCAAGCCUACUGGCGGUCGCCUGGAAGUCCGCGUACGCCUUCGGGAGCCUCUGAAUGGGCAGGACAUGCAGACGAGCACAGAGCGCUGGCUGGUGAUCGACCAGUCCCAGGUUCUCCUCUAGGUGUUUCCAUGACUUUCAAGACAUGUCAAAGCUGACCAAUCAGAAACACUCAUCAGGCCGUUUCCCCUCAGACCUCUUAAAACGUUUGCACUUUGCAAAACAUGUGACUUCCCUUCUACUCAUUGCUGCUCAGGCCUGGCCAGGUCAGUAGCAGCCUUAGCGACAUCUGCUGGCUAUUUGGAGCGUGGCAGGUUGAUUGUUGUUAUUCGCUGGCGUCACGUUCUACUACUGAUGUCAAAGACUGGCGUUCAUGCACUAAUACCAAAGUAAUCGCUGUUGCUGUCAAAUCCUGCAUCUUGGAACGAAUGAAAUGUCGCUGACACAA